AUGCCGUCUGUGCCUGGCACUAUGAGCUUUGGACAGGGGUCGGGAGAUGGGGUUCUGGCUCCCAUGCGAGUGCAGACAGGAUUAGAAGGCCAUCCCUUGGCUCUGAAGACGCCACAGUGUUUUACGAUAGGAGGUGGCAUCAAGGAGGCCCAGAGGAAGGAGAAGGUGAAGCAGCAGAUUGCCAUUACUGUACGAUGUGGCCACACGAGGGAAGCGAAAGCAGGUGGAGACAGAGUCCCCUGCGCCUUCUGCCACCACAUCCACGUCACGCUGAUAUUGACCACGUCAUUACAGAGGGGGGUGAAGCUGAACCUCUCUUUCCCAGCUACUGGCUGCCAGAAACUCAUCAAAGUGGACAAUAAAUGCAAAUUUUGUACCUUUUAUGAGAAGCAUAUGACCACAGAAGUUGCUGCUGAUGCUCUGAUUGAGGAAUGGAAGGGUUGUAUGGUCCCAAUCAGUGGUGAGAACUAUAGACAAGGAUUCUCCCUGAGGCAUGGUGUCUUGACCCAUGGCUGUGUCUGCCUGCUACUGUGUAAGGGGCACUCCCGUUACAGACCAAGGAGGACUGAAGAAAGAAAGUGCAAAUCUUUUCCAGGUUGGACUGUGGAUGUCAAUCUUAGUGUUCUCAACUUGAUUAUUGUAAAACAAACAAACAAACAAACAAACAAACAAACAAAACAGGGAGGCGAUAUUCCUAGACUCACUGAUAUUACUGUGCCUUGUCUCCUGGGACCCAAAAGAGCUAGCAGAAAUCUUUUCAAUCUCUCUAAAGAAGAUUAUGUCUACCAGUACAUUGUGAGAAAGAGCCUAAACAAAGACAGUAAGAAACCUAGAAACAAAGUGCCCAAGAUUCAACAUCUUGUUCCUCCACAUGUCAUGUGACACAAACAUCUUCUCUGAAGAAAUAGCAUACUAGGAAAAAAAAAGGAAGAGGCUGCAAAAUAUACUAAACUUUUGGCCAAGAGAAUGAAGAAAGCCAAAGAGAAACACCGGGAACAGAUUGCCAAGACACAGAGGCUGUUCUUUCUGGAAGCUUCUACCUCUAAGUUGAGUCUAGUCAAAAAUGACAUUUUCUAA